CGGGUUUCCUUUUCCCUGAAUUUGAACUAAACAGUGGGUUGGAGACACUCGAAUCUUCCAUGCUCCGUCCUGUGUCGGUUCUUGCUAACUCCAUUUGAUGCGCUGUCUUCAGCCAACAGUCUGCAUGCAGCGGCUUUGUGCCCCGAGACGCAAUGUUCCUCCGUUGGUGUCGGUUCUUGCAAUCGUUUUGAGUUUUUUGCACGUUUUCCCUCCUGCAUGUCUCACGGGCGGAUUUUCUGCGCUGAAACCGUUGGCCUGGCAAAACAGAGACAAGGACGAGGCACUGCUAAGGUGUGCAUCUUGAAACUCCGAUUUCUCAGACCCGUACACACUGACGCUGGGGAAAUGGACCUUUCCUCGUGCUGGGUUUGACUCUCUCAUACAUGUCGCGCCUUUUUCUUUUUGUUUGGAGAGGAUGAUACCCUCAGGAAACGCCCUCUCUCUUCUCGUGGAACUGAUUUUUCCUUCCAGUGAACCGGUUUUCCAUUCGAAGUGACCGCUUUCUUGCCUCGAGGCAUGCGGCAACAUGCAUUUCUCUGCUGGAAGUGGAAAAGUUCGAUGGGGCACGGUGCGGGACAGCUUUCUCGGUGCGGACUCCCCAGUCCUUCUUCCGCUCCUUCUCAUCAACUCAUUAGGCGAUUUUCUUGAGGCAGGCGCCCUUCUGUAACCCUGCGUUCGCUCGUCUCCUUCCCGCUAUUGAGACUGGCUCUCCGACAGUCUGUUUCACCGAGUGCCAAGAAUGCCCUCUCUCUCUCCAGACUUCGCGCCUUCUGGCGCUUCUCGGAUGGCUCCCACUACGGACAGCCGUCUGUCCUCCCGCUCUCUCUGGUCGGACUUUGUUGUUUUCUCUUCUUGUCCGCGACCCAACAAGAAGCCGAAGCCGAUAGCUCGGCCUCACAAGACUGCUCCCAUCUCUUGUGGUUUCCAUGGCAAGAAGGGGGAGGUGCAGAGAGCCUCAGCUGUAGAGGCCUCCUGGUUUCGUCGCCGAAAAGGAACUCUCCUAACUGGUCUCAGGCUCUGUCUGCUUCUUUCUUUGUUUCUGGGACCUCCCACCGCUGUUGACCCCUCCUCUGCACUUCCCGUUUAUUUACAUUGUUUCGCUCGUCAGAUUUCACCUGCAGGACUACAGCCCCAGACUUUGUCUCUUCUGUCUUCUUUUUCCUCCUUUCUCCCUUCCACAGGUGUGGCUUCCCCGUCCGAGAGACAGUCGCAGAGCAGCGUUCCGCCGCUGUUCUUUGUCGACGCCUCGGAGGAUGUCUCUCUUUUUUCACCUCCGAAUGCUUCGGUUUCCCCUGUUUCGUAUUCACACUGGAGUCCUUCUUUUCGUCCUCUUGCCCCAGCUGUCUCUCAACACAAGUCCUUCUUUUCUCCACUUUUCUCUUUUCUCUCCGGCACUCGAAACUCGGCUCGCGCUGCCACGGAGCGUCAAGAGAACCGGGAACUGCCUCUUCUCUUCAACGCUUCUUCCUCAAGGCUGUCUGUCUCCUCAGUGUAUCGGCGUUCUCCAGCUUUUGCUUGCGCCGCUGUUUUUCCGGAUGAAAACGGCUCUCGCCUUCUCUCUGUGUCUCUUCGUCCCCCGCGCACACUCUGCGCUGCUGGAUUCAUGCCCUCGAGAGAGCGACAAGACGCGCGUCCGUUAGACUCGUCCGACUGCCGCCGUUUGUCGAGCGUUUUUUUCUCGAGGGCUCCGCUUCCCGUCGUUGUCUCUUCUUCACCGUCGCGGAUGCAGCAACUUCUCUCCUUUGCUUUUCCUCCGUCUUCGCCUCCCGCUUGUUACUCCGCCGUCUCUCUGGCCUCUCCGGCGUCGUCGUCCUUCUUUGCACCUUCUCCUCGCCACCCUUCCCUCUCUGCGCUUGCUGCAGAACCGCCCGGGUCCGUACCUCAGGCUGCUUCGCCGCGCGCGCAAGCUGUGUUAGAGGAAAUAAAGAAACUCACUCUGGUCGAAGCAGCUGAACUUGUCUCUCUCAUCGAGACGACUUUCGGCGUUUCUGCGCGGCUGCCUGUCGCAGGGCCAGGGGCGAGUUCAGCGGCUGCUGAAGCAGAGGAGAAGGACAACGCGGACGCUCCUGCUCCAGAGAAAACACAGUUCGAUGUCGUCAUCAAAGCUGUUCCGCUCGAGAAGCGCAUUGCUGUCAUCAAGACGCUCAGAACAGUGCGAACAGAUCUUGGGCUGAAAGAAGCCAAGGCGGUGAUCGAUGCCUUGCCGAACACAAUCCUCAAACAAGUCGACAAAGGCAAAGCCGAGGAAGUCCGGAAAACGCUCGCAGAUGCCGGCGCAGAAAUCGCGAUUGAAUAGUAGAGCCGGCAGAGAACAGACGCCCGCGAGAGGAAGCAGAGAGGGUACACCGGGAGUUGAUUUCUGUGUUUUCAGGACAGAACGCGGAUUGGGCUUGUGAAGGCAGUCGACGGAGAACGGGGCUAUCUGGUGCGAGGACUCGACGCCACUAGAAAGUUUUGAGAGCACGUAUGCGAGGCGGAGGAGACAGACAAAAGAAUGAUCAGAGGCAGAGGAAACCGGGAGGAAGGAUACAGUGGGCAGAAGGCGAUUCGGGGGAAGAGGGAAGGUAGAAAAGAACGCGAGCGACUCUGAAGAAGAAACGAGUCAAAAGUCGAAAAAUAGUGGAGGGGGGAGCCGCUGGGGAGCAUGCUAGGAAAGGACCGCAGGAGAGAUGAGGUCGGGGUAUGAACACAGCUGGGAGAGAGAAGAAAAGGACGACGAAUGCGAUUUGAAUGCUCGGCUGUCGGCAAAUGCAGACGCGCCUUUCAAGUCUCCGUGUCGACUUCAUCUCCGUCUAACAUGCCUAUGUUUCUGUUCGUAUCGGCAUCGCUGUUCAAGAUCUGGGUGUGAUCAAUCAUCGGCUGUGAACCUCACGUUUGUAUCUUCACUCGACGUAUCGGCAUUCCCAGAGGACUUCGCUGUGUCUACCGCUGAUUCGAAUGCCCGUAUGUGCCCUCACUUCCUGGUCUCUAUAACUCUACACUGCAAGCCCAUCCGAAGAUGCGUUUAUCGUUUCUGUCCCCCACACGACUACGCCAAGAUAGGGUCGCACCGUGUUUCUUGUCUUGAAUUUAAUCUCUGUAAACAAGUAAGAUCGUCGAACGUAACAGUGUGCUUCUGAGCGCGACGAGGGAAAGCCCCAAAACAAGGACACCUUGUCACUCGCGUUCACAGCGAGAGCUUCCCUUCAACGACUACUCUUCUAUGCGAGAAUGAACAGUACUACGCAACUGGGCGGCUCCAUCUCUGAGGCCUUCGCCUUGAUCGCUGUCUGUGAAUUGAGAAGUCCUAUCUUUGCAGAAUCGAAGACGAAAAGUCUCGAGAAGUGACAGACACAAGGCGCACUGUCGUCUGCGCUCCAGGACAGAGCAGGAGACACGUUUUUCUGUGUUUUGGUAAAAACUCAGAACGAGAACAAAGAACGUGCAUAUGGCAUUUCUCAAGUACAGAAUUCGUCUCAGCAUUGGUUUCCUAAAACUCUGUCCUGUCGAUGAGCUAUAACGACAGCAAGCGCGCUUCCAGGGAGGCCCCAACGUUCUCAGAAGGAAGGGAACUGAAGGAGCUCUCGUAGCCGCACGCAGGGAAGCGAUCCGAAAAGUAAUCGAAAUGCCCGUUCUAAAGAAGUGAAGAGAAACGACUGCAGAUAAAGUCUGUCUGACUCAUAGGCAAUCUUACGUCGAGGCGUUUAGUUUUCAUUCUCUCCUUUUUUGUCUCUCCGUUUCUUCUUGCUCGCCACACCCCGCAGCCCCACCUGCGCUAAAAAAGGUGUUCGUGUGCCAGUUGUUAAUGCCGAAUUUCUCUAUGUUUCCAUUUCAACGCGAAUUCCCCUCGACGCUUCUUUGCUCUGACGAGAAACGUGGACAACGCUUUCUUUUCCUCGUUUCUUCGAGACAUGCACUGAGCAAAACAACGCUUCUCCCCUGAACGGUGCAGAACGACCGUUCUCAGUUGCCCUUGGUCUUCCACGCACCAAGUGUAUACAUACAACGAAC